AUUAAAAGCGGAGCUCUCCUCUCUCUACCCAAUCUGCAACCUCACCUUCCCCGUCUCCAUUCUUCUCCUUGUCCAGCUCAAUUCUGUCGCGGUUCACCUCGUCUCCAACUCCGACAGGCGCCAGCGCGUUCCUCUGCUCGUUCCGCCGCCGGGACACCUCGGGCGGUCGCCCGACCUCGCCUCAGUGGUGGAUCCGCCCCUGCGCAGAGCCAAGAAGGGUGCCGCUGGCUUCUACCCUCGUCCACGCGGAGCAUGUCCUUCCUCUUCAACAAGUUCCAAGAGGCGAUCAGAACACUUGCUAAGAACCCCAUGUUUGCUCGUGAUCCAAGGCAUCUUCAAUUUGAAGCUGAUGUGAAUCGUUUAUUUCUCUAUACAAGCUAUUAUCGUCUGGGGGAGAAUGCUGAAGAGAAGGAUGCAGAUGAGAUUAUUGACUUGGCUAGCAAAGCUUCUGUUGCUGACCAGCAGAAACAAGUGCAAGAAAAUGUUCAUUAUCAACUUAAGCAUAUGUGCCAAGCAAUGGAUAUCAUUCUUCGUCCUGAUGCAACAAAUGAUCCGACAAAGGAUCCUUCAGAAGCGCAUAAUCAUUCUCGGCGUAGUGGAUUGAGUUUUGCUGUUGGCGGAUCUGCAUCUGCAAACAAGCUAAGUACAGCUGUCCCUGCUACACGACCUUUAACUCGAGCGGAAUUGUCAAAUAAAUUUAGAGAUCAUUUCGGGUACACCCUUGACAUCAAACCAUCAGGAAUUCCUCACAAAGAUGCAGGUCAAGGUCUGUUCUUAUCUGGAGAAGCUAAUGUUGGUGCUGUCCUAGCCAUCUAUCCUGGUGUUAUAUAUUCACCUGCUUAUUAUCGAUAUAUACCUGGAUACCCAAGAAUUGAUGCAUGCAACAACUAUCUUAUAACAAGAUAUGACGGAACACUAAUUGAUGCAAAACCAUGGUGUUUUGGCGGUGAAACAAGAGAAUUAUGGGAUGGUUCAGAUUUGGUGGAUUACAAUUCUGUGCCACCCAAAGGCUCAGAGAGCAACUCUGACAGAGUGUGGAGAAUGCUUAGCAAGCCUCUAGAGAAAAGUGUCAGCGGGAAUCUUGGGGAAGUGCUUGAACAACGAAAUCCACUUGCUUUUGGUCAUUUUGCAAAUCAUCCACCACAGGGGUCAACUCCUAAUGUCAUGAUCUGCCCGUAUGAUUUUCCUUUGACAGAGAAAAACAUGAGAGUAUACAUCCCUAACAUUACAUUCGGUGGUGAAGAGCCCAUUACAAUGAAGAGGUUUGGCUCCUUCUAUUUCAAGUCUGGAGGUUCAGGUAAUCAGGCUGGGGAUUCUCCAGUUCUAAAGACGCUAGUGUUGGUGAGUACAAGGUCCAUCUGUGAUGAAGAGCUCUUCCUGAAUUACCGUUACAGUAACUCAAAGCGUCGACCAGAGUGGUAUACCCCUGUUGAUGAAGAAGAGGAUAAGAGGAGAUGGAGCUAGUUUAGCACUUGCUGUACCAAUCUGGCUGCGAUGUUUUUCUAACACUUUCUUAUUUCAUUAUCAGUCCGGAUAUUCAAACAGGGCCCUGGUAAGCUCCUGAAAUUGAGGUUGUGUAGUUUCAGUAUCCUUCAUAUAUGAAUAUUUCCUAUUUGCUACGACAAUAGUUUGGUGUGACAUUUAUCAUCAUAAGAAAAGUAGAGUGUCUCCUGUAAACUCUACUAACUAGUCCUUUAUAACACAUAAAGAAUACCGAUUAUGUUGUCAUUAGUCCUUUUUA